CAUAUAUAUGAAAAUACUGCAUAGCUUUCUCCAACGACAGUGUGAUAUCGAUAGCGAUUUGCAGCCAGUCCACCGACCUACACAAUCGUAGGAGUUGAGAAAGGAAAGCUAAGUGUAUAAUUUGUGUGCUCCAACUAAAUUAUCUUCAAAGGUAAUUCUGUAAGAAAGAUCAGCAAAAAAAAAUUGAUGAUGGCGAUUAUUAUACAAUUAAUAAAAUACUAAAUCGCUUAUAUACUGUCGCUAGAACAACCUAUCGGUAAGAUAGAUCAGCAAAAAAAAAUUGAUGAUGGCGAUUAUUAUACAAUUAAUAAAAUACUAAAUCGCUUAUAUACUGUCGCUAGAACAACCUAUCGGUAUUUACUUAUCGACCAACCACCACAAUCGCAAUAGUCGAAAAAGAAGCGUGCAAGCAAACGGUGUGUUUUUUUGCUCCAACUUUUGUUUUCAAGUGAAAUUCAUUAAAACAGCAAAAGAUACGAAAUGGAUGAUGGAGAUUAUGAUAACGACGAUGUUGGCGCCGACGAUUUCGAUGAUGCUGACGACGACGUCGACGAUGACAUCGCCCAGGAGGAGGAAGUGGACAACAUUGAAAUCAUAACACCCGGCACCGCUGGUGGCGGUGGCGUGCCCAAGUCCAAGCGCAUCACUACCAAGUACAUGACUAAAUAUGAGCGUGCGCGCGUCUUGGGAACAAGAGCGCUACAAAUUGCCAUGUGUGCGCCAAUUAUGGUUGAGUUGGAUGGUGAAACAGAUCCUCUACAGAUUGCAAUGAAGGAAUUGAAGCAGAAGAAGAUACCCAUCAUUAUACGACGCUAUCUGCCCGAUCAUUCAUACGAAGACUGGAGCAUAGACGAGCUGAUCAUGGUGGAUAAUUAAGUCAGAUUUAGGAAACAGAAAUAGCUAUUAGACAUUUAAUUACUUCAUUUGCAAAUACAAUUAAGAUAAGCUCGCAAAACCACAAAA